GAGUGGCCGCCGUGGCCUAUUUCCGUGAGCACUGCGAACCGGGUCCAGGGAGCUCAGCGCCAGCUUUCCCCAUCCACGCAGCCCCGUGGGCCCCUGCCGCCCGUGUCCAUGCAGCCCCGUCAACCCCCGAUGCCAGCGCUGUUGCUGAGCCUCUGGCUGCUGCCGAGCCUCGCACUGGCCGCUGCUGUCACUGAGCCCGCGGACCUGGAAUACACCGAAGUCCCCCGGCAGCCCGCGGCCGUGGGGCUGCCACGCGGGAUCCUGCAGCUGGCGGCGCGCGCUGCGCUGCACUUCUUCAACUUCCGCGCGGGCUCGCCCAGCGCGCUACGGGUGCUGGCCACCGUGCAGGAGGGCCGCGCGUGGGUCAACCCUCAAGAAGGCUGCGAAGUGGACUUGGUAUUUAGCACAGAGCAAUACAACCCCGAGCAGGAAGGUGAACGUUUGGGCAAAUGUUCUGCGAGGGUGUUUUUCAAGAAUGAAAAACCCAGACCGGCCGUUAAUGUAACGUGCGCACGGCUCUUUGAUAAAGUGAAGAGACAAGAGAAGGAUUAUCGGCUUUACAAGCAGAUGAAGCAAUUGAAGACUCCUCUGCACAGCAUCAGCAUACCUGACAGUCAUGGACACAUUGAUAAUUCACUGAGACCCCUGUGGGACUUGGCCUUCCUCGGCAGCUCAUACGUGAUGUGGGAGAAGACAACCCAGGUCCUGCACUAUUACUUGGUCCAGCUCAGCAGUGUGGAGCGGCUGAAAACGGAUGAUGACAGCAUCGACUUUGACUUCACUGUUCUGCUUCAUGAAUUCUCCACACAGGAAAUCAUUCCCUGCCGUAUUCACUUGGUCUGGUACCCAGGUAAACCCCUUAAAGUCAAUUACCACUGUCAAGAGCAGCAGAGCCCAGAAGAAGCCUCUGGAACUAUGGAAGCAUCAGCUAUGGCACCGCCAGAGUUCGGUAAUUUCUAAAGAGAAGAAAUGAUCUGCUUCUAUUAUAUUCUAAACACCACGGUGGUGCUGAACUCCACGAGCAUGCGCACUUUCCUGAUUGGGCUCCCUGAUUGGGCUCGGCAGGCUCAGCACAUCUACCACAUAGCAGAUGGAUCAACAAUUGCUUUGGGAAAAGGUUUCGUCUUUUUUGUUUUGAGUUUGUAUUUUUCAUUACUCUGGACAUAUUGUGGUUAUUUUAUGUUGCUGAAUUGUUCUUAUUUUGUCAACUUUUUUUUUUCAGUGAAAGUAAAUAUUAACUGCUAAUCUCAGGCAAAUAUUUCCUUUUAGCGUGAUACCCACUUUCGAAUAAGUGUUUAUAUUUCUAAGUAAUAAAAUGUGUUUGUAAGCUUUGGUAUGGAUGUAAAAUUUGAGCUAACCUGGAAUUAAAUCAAAUCCCAAUGUUGAUUAAAACCUUAUAAAUAGCACUGUC